CACACAUGAGCAGCCACAACAUGCAUAUGGCCAGGAAUGCAACCCGGUGGUGUGUACAGCCGCGCCCAGCAGAGGCAAAGCCGGUAAAGGAUUUAAACUUCCUACCCAGGAUUUCAGCCCUUGUUUUUGGAUCUAUGGACACAAACAAAGCCCAGGAGAAAUGAACGAGCAGAGAGUGACCUAUGUGGACGUUACAUUUCGUACUCCAAAAGAGAGGAACAAACAGAAAGAAAAACCAAGCAGGAUUUCGGAAUCUUGUUCCGAGUCUUCAUCAUGGCGACUCAUUGCACUGGUUCUGGGGUCCCUCUUUCUGGCUUUGUUUGUAAUUUCAAGAGUCUUCAGUGCCCAAUUGAGAAAUGAGAUUGGAAUCCUUCCCCAGCAAGAGGAAGUUCUGAAAAACCUUACACAGUUGAAUGAAAUUUUGGAAAACUGCAUCUUGGAAAGGGAUAAUUUCAAGGCCCAGAACACAAACCUGAAAGGAGAAAAAUGCAGUGCUUACUCAGAUUGCUGGAAACCCCACGGCGAAAAGUUUUACUAUUUUACUAAGGAAAGGAAAAGCUAUCAGGAAUGUAAAGCACACUGCUCUUCUCAUGGCUCCAAACUACUCAAGAUAGAGAACAAGGAUGAGAUGAAUUUCCUAAACCCUCUGGGACAUUUCCAUUGGCUUGGACUAACCCGCAAAGGAAUUGCUUCAGACUGGAAGUGGGAGGAUGGCACACCUCAUCCCAUUAACCUGUUUCCAGUAAUUAAAUCACAGCCUGGAAAGUCCUGUGCAGUUUUCAACUCAGGACAAGCCUACACCAAUAGCUGUGAUGAGCAACGACACUGUGCGUGUAUGAAGAUAACUAAGUAACUGUGUUUGUUGCACCAGAACAAGGAGGAAUAGAGAAUCCAUGAGAAACACAACCAGGGAGGUCCCAAAGGCAGAGAGAAAUCAUUAACUUUUGAAUUAGUUAAGUUGCUUAUUUUGUCUGAGGAGCUGCAGUUUCCGAGGUUGUGGUAAAGCCCUUCCCAAAUGUUCCUUGGUGAACUAAGGACCAGUGGUCAGUGUGACUUGCUCCCAUUCUGGCUUCAUCUGGCUUUAUUUGAAAUUGGCAAUUUGUUCAAAAGUCAAUAAAUACCUUUUGUCUGGUGUU